AUACCAACAGUUACACCAAUGUUUGUAGUUGUUAAGUAUGAAGUUGUUUUCUGUAUAGUGAGACGUAGUAGAUUGCAUUUGAUGUACUUCGACCUUGAGUUAAAAGAUAAUUUCCACUCAACAUGAAAAAUAGACAUACACCUACGGUACUUCCAUUGACAGUGUGCUUUCAAGUACUUAAAGCAAACAUUGCGAAAUGGAAGGACUGUAUUAUAUAAAAAAGUAUGAAGAUGAUUUAGAAAAAGAUCAGGAAGAAAAUGUUGAAAGUUCAACAAUGGGUGUAGAAUCACGGGAAAUAGAACAAGACCGCUUAGAACACAUAAAAACUUCCACAAAAGAACUGAUAAAUACAAACAACUCUGAAAAGGUUCUUUUUGAACUAGGAAAAGAUAUUAUCAAUGCAGAUAUUAUAAGUGCAAAAGCGAGACUAGAAGCGUUGAAGGACCGGAAGAAGCCCGAUUGGCUGAAGAUGUACCAAAGCCCUGACAAGCAAGGCGAAACCCUGCUUCAUUUGGCAAUUAAAAGCCUGGAUGAUAUAGCUCUAGUUACAAAUCUAUCGGAGAUGUGUCCAGAUUUACUUCUGAUGUCAAGGGAGCAAUCACCAAUAUUUCACGGACAGACAGCACUACAUAUGGCAAUUACCAAAAGCAACAAAGAAGCAAUUCAAGAAAUGUUAAGAGUUGGCAUUAGAUAUAAGAAAAAGGAGAUGUCGACUCUGUUGCACAUUCGCGCAACAGGAUCUCGGUUCGUGAACACGGUGAUGAUGGGGCAACUUCCUUUAACUGUCGCCGCACUGACGGGGAAUACCGAUAUAGUUGAUGUUUUGUUGGAGUUUGGAGCUGAUUUAAACAUUCAAAAUGAAGAGGAAGACACUGUGUUGCAUUCAUUAGUUAAAUACGCAGCAACAUACCCAGAGAAAGUAAUAACCAUUAUUCAGAUGAUGCAACAUAUAAAUCAGAAACUGGAAAACAAACAUCGAAUCGACAGUAGCACGUUUGACCAUUUCGGAAAUGAUAUGCACCGAAAGGCUAACUCCCUCCUUUGGCUUGUGAAAAACAAAGAAAGCUUGACGCCUCUCCAACUUUCCGCAAAGCACGGAGUAACGGAACUGUUCGAAGAAAUUCUUAAUCUAAAAAAUGUGUACUGCUAUAUCAGUGCAAAUGAUGGAUUGUUUGAUGUCAAAGAGUAUGACAUCACAGAAAUAGAUACUGUCAGCGUUAUAAACUUGGCGCAAAGCCAUAAACAAUCCAAAUCUAUCCCUGAAAACUUCGACGGAAUAGCAAGAAAUAUCGUACAGUCAAAUCAAACAAACUGUGCCUUUUGUUGGUCUUAUCCUGAAACAGAAUCCAUCUUGGAAAUGCUUUUCAAUAGUGACUAUGACAGCAAAGACGCAUAUCGCAUCAUAGAGUUACCGCCAGUUCAGAAUAUCAUAAAAAUGAAAUGGAACAGAUAUAAUAAGUGGUUUAUAUCGUGAAUGAUACUUCAUUAUGUUUCAAUGAUACUAUUAACAAUGUAUAGCGUAUAUAAUGUUGAACUGAGGAUUCCAAGUGUGCAAGGUAACAAUACCACCACGUCUCAAUCUGUUGUUUGCGUUUUUCAAUGGUAUUCGUUUAGUGUAGGUUCAAUCUAUGGCUUUAUCGUAUGUUGUUUAAUGAUUGCUAAGUUCCGUAAAAAGAAUGUCUUUAAUUACUUUUUUCACAAUAUGGAAUAUAUAUUUCCCAUGCUGAUACUAUCUAUAACGAUGGUCAUUGAUGUUCUUUGGUCCUUAAUAGAAGAACACGACAACAUUCCUUUAAUCAUUGCACUUAUUUGUGGCUGGUGGUUGAACGUAUUUUUCCUUUCACCCUUUCAAAAAUUCAGCUUCUUCACAGAACUUAUCAAACGUGUAAUCACCGGUGAUCUUCUCCGGUUUGGACUGGUGAUUCUUUUUGGGCUUUUUUCAUUUACAGCUGGAAUGUACAUUGUGUUCAGGGGAACAGACGAAGAAGAUUUUUCUUCGUAUGGAAGAACGAUGAUGGCAAUGUUUAAGCUCGGGAUAGGGAUCGACGAUAUAGGGGUGUUGUAUUCUGCACGAAUUCCAUGGGUAGCAAUAUCUAUCUUUACAGUCUUUACUACCUUUACAUAUAUACUUAUGUUGAAUGCUUUGAUUGCAAUGAUGUCUCAAACAUGUUCUAGAGUGUCAGAAGAACGAUUUCCCCAAUGGCGAAUACAACAGCUCUCUAUCAUUCUUGUUAUUGAAGAUCUUAUCUGCCGCUGCUGUUUUAAGAAUAUGCGUAGUGCAGGAACCAAGAGGAAAGUUUGUGGAUUAGAUCCAAAAACAAGACAAAUAAAAUACGAAGAAAGGUACUUUCUAGAAAUUCAUGCCCUAAAGAAGGAAUUUGCAACAGCAGAGGAUAAAGUACGAGUACAAAAAAAAUCAAAUGACUUGGAAGUACAACGCACUUUUUCGAACGGCGGUAAUAGGAUAACAACGAGAAAUGAUUUUUCUUCAUCGGGAAGAUAUACACCUCCAAUGGUCGAUAAAACAUCGCCGCAGAAUGACUUAUUAGCACAUUCUUUUCGUUUGAAAAAGAAUACAAGGCAGAUAGUGCCUAUCUCUAUAGAAGAGCCACCCGUUCAACGAAAACAUAGGAGAGAAUUUUCACAAGAGAAAAAUGUCUUAAACGAAGACGACAAAGUUGCCCAUUAUUUCCAAAAACUGGACACAUCCACUAGACGCAUAACUCUUGCCAGAAAACCGCCAACCGGAUUAAAUUCUCAGAAAGAGCGAGAUCAAGUAGAAUGUGAAAUCCGUACUCUUACUGAUUAUUAAUGACGUCUCUUACUGUAUGUGUUGGAUACAUUAAUAAACAUUUAAAUCUUUUCGUAUAAAGCGUUAGAGUAGUAAAGGUUUGAUUAUUGUAUUGGCUUAUGUUUAAUACUUAUAAAUAUGUUUUGGUUUUGAAAAAAAUAAUUUGAUUUCUUUAUAUCUAAGUCAAUGUUUAAUUCAAAGUUAAUCAAUAUAAAUUUUGAUUAAAAAAUCCUCUUACUAAUAUUUCAUUCCUACCUGUCUACAGCUUUAUUUAUGCUUCGUGUAACUUUCGCCGUUUUAAACUAGCAAACUGAUCCGCCCGUCUUGAAUUCUCCCAGACAUAGUUUUGUUCAAAGAGGGAUAGUUUGAGCCAUUGGAAUCGCCAAAGUUUUAAAUUAGCCUGCUGACAGCGAGGGCGCAAAAUACGAAAUUAAGAUGGGACCAAUAUUUCCCUGUAUACAGUAUCAACAAAUUACUGUAUGAAAUUAAUCACAAUGAUACUUAUUUGAUAUAUCUAUAUGUUUUGAAUAUUAUGA